AAGAGAGAGAAAGGAAAGGGACAAUACAAAAUUUGGAGUGAAAAAAAUAUUUGGAAUACAUAUAUUUGACGCAAGACAAAUACCCAGUAUAUAUAAAGAACCUCUAUAAGUUAAUAAGGAAAUAAUCUCAAAUAACUCAACUUUAAUAACUGGACAGGCACUUUGAAAAUGCCAUCGUCAUUACCGGUGCUUCCUGCCAGAUGGCAAAGCAUCUCUAAGUAGCAAAGACACCCUCUCUUGUGGUAAGUCCCCACUGGCUGGGCACAGUGGUUCUCCAGUAGGGCUUCUUUCUGGGCCAGCAGCAGCAGCUUCACCUGGAAACUGGUAGGAAAUGUAAAUUCUCUUGGCCCCACCUAGACCUGCUCAAUGGGAAACAGUGGCGGUGAUACUCAACAGUCAAGUGCCAGGCUUCUUAAGCCUGGUGUGGGAAGCUGGCCCUUGGGUGAAGUUCUGAAGCCAGAUGAGAACCUGCAGGUGGUGGAGACAGUGAUAACAGCUGAGCUCCAAACCAGGGACCCAAGACCCUACCUUCCCCCCACAAAGCCACUCGGCAAAGCAGCAUGAGUCGCCAGAGCACCAGCAGUGGGACAGAAAACACAGCAAAGCUCAUACUCUGGGGCGGUGAGCUCAAUCACGAAAGGCUGACUUGCACCUUUAAACCCCAAGGGGAAAAGAAGGACAGCUGUAGACUGUUGCUCAACACGGUCUGCUUAGGGGAGAAAGCCAAAGAGGAGGUGAAUCGUGUGGAAGUCCUGCCCUCAGCCAACCAGGAAGACAGAAAAUUACCAGUCACCAUUGCCUCACUGAGGGCCUCCGUCCUACCUAUGGCCACAAUGACAGGUAUGGAGCUUUGUCCUCCAGUGACUUUCCGGCUCCGGGCUGGCUCGGGACCUGUGUUCCUCUCUGGCCAUGAAUGUUACGAGACUUCAGACAUACCCUGGGAAGAUGACGAGGAAGAUGAGGGAGAUGGCGAGGAGGAGGGAGAGGAGGAGGAGGAAGAAGAAGAUGAAGACGAAGAUGAAGAUGUGGAUAUAUCACUAGAAGAGACGCCUAUCAAACAAGUCAAAAGGGGGGCCCCCCAGAAGCAGAUGAGCGCGGCUAAGAAAAAAAAGGUAGAAAAAGAAGAGGAGGAGGCAGUAAGGUAAUUCCCACCCUUAAUUCCCACUAUGGCCACCACCAAGGAUUGAAGUCGAGGCUUCUGGCAUGUUAAGCAAACAGGGUACCACUGAGUUACAGCCCCAAACCCUGCGUUUGGCUUGGUUUAGGUAUUUUGUUUUGUUUGAGACAGGAUAUCAUCAGUAAGUUGCCCAGGCUGGCCUUAAACUCGCUGUAUAGCCCUGGCAGGCUGUGGACGCGUGAUCCUUCUGCUUCAACCUCCCUAGGAACUGAAACAGUCCUGGGAAGCAGAUACAGGCAAUGUGUUUACAUACAUGCACACAUGUAGAUUCAACAGCUCUGGAGGUUGGCACAGUUCUUGAAAAGUGUGAACUAUCCUUCUGACCUGACUACCUGAGUUAAUUCCUCCCUUCUUCAAAUUUAAACAAACAAACAAACAAACAAACAGCUCAAGAUCUACACUCAAACUCACAGCGGCCUUACCCAACAGUCCUGGAAAUAGUGGCACUCAAAAUGUCUGCCAAUAAGAGUUGACCAAACAGUGUCCCUUUUUUUUUUCCCCUUCUCCAUGGUGCAAGGUAAAUUGAACAUAUGUAGGCUUUGGAAGCAUGUUAGCAACCAAAAGGAUAGAAUUAAGAGAAUAGGGCAAGGACUCAUGUUCAUUUCAUGUCUUGCAUUUUAGCAACAGCUUUUAUUAUUAUUAUUUUUUUUUGCUAAAGUGAUGCAAAAGAUUAACACUGGAAAAUAAUGAAAAACAUAAGUAAUUCUCAUGUGUUUGCUAAAUUAUGUGCAGUGAGGUUAACAUUGCUUUUAUAGUGAAAAAAUGUAUUAUAUCAGCUCUUGUUAAAAUGUAUUUAAGUGACAGCUUAUUCAUCUGGACCAACUGAAAUAAAACACCAGUCUCGGCACACAGAACAAUGAGUACCAGAAAGAGAACCCCCAAGACUAGAGACCCUCCACGUGAGAAUGCACCGAGGCAAACAAAGCCUUACGGUUCUCAAGGCUGUGGAAGCCUCUGCUAACCAGAAACUCAGACUUAAUCCGGUCCAAACCUCCGCCAACUGGAGCGACUGCUGAGUCCCCUAAACAGCCGUCGCACGGGGACGGACGGUCCAGUGCACGUGGAGAUCAGUGUACCUGGGGUUUGUCUAGACAAGAUAUUGGAGCAGUUUAAAGAGGUGAAUGAUAGAUUGGUCACAAUGAUGGCAAAUUUUGAGAAAAUGGAAAGGAAGGUAGAGACUCUUUCCCUCUCUGCCUGCGUAGGCUCAGAAGUCCCAAAGCAAGACUGGGCUUGUGCUCAGGAUUAAAGCCAGCAAUGGCAGAGCAGCGACAAUCCACUCAUAUGUCAAACAUCCCAAGCAUGAUUCAGAUUCGCUGGGAGUUCUGGAGUCUCUCAGGUUUGUAAUCCCGAGGACAAAUCUCUUCUGCAUCUCCCACCCCAAGAGAUGAACACAUCGACCGUGUCAACAAGCCUCUUAACGGUGCCAAGAUCCUGUACAACACAGCCUAACAAAAAACACCCUCAACCUGCCUGUCCGCAAUUGGAAGGAAGAAAAGAAAGAAAAAGAAUAAAUAUUUUAAGGCUGAUCAUGGUAACACAUCCCUUUAAUC